CAUUCACUUAUUUGGAAGGUUUACUUAUCCUUUAAGUGGCAUUGGUGCAGACUACUGUAUGUUUUCAGGAGCCAUCGCUGCACCAUUAGAAACUAUUGUCAUGAUUACAGCCUCCAGGAGGGGACAUAUCAGGGGUAUCGGAGGAACAUCCCAGGCAGUGGUGUAAUAAAUACAAAUAUGGAUAUUAAAUGGCAAAUAAUUGUACCAUGUGUUUAUUACUCUGAUCCUCAGUGUAUGUGUAGAAUCCCUGCCAUAAAGCGAGACUGAACUGCAGCACUGAGACAGGCGAGUACUGGGAAAUAUACAAGAGCAACAUGAGACUAUAAUUAAUGGAAAUGUUUGUCCUGAUACAGGAAUAGACUUUCCCGUUGGUACAACUAUGGGAUCUGAUAUCUGGAACACUUGCAACAUGGGGGUUUCUGGUUACGGGGUUCUCCCAUUACUAAUAUAUUUAAAUAAGAUAAAGAUUUGGAUUUAUGCAGCUUCGUUCCCAUCAAGUACAAGAUUGUGUUUUAUAAAGAAAAGGGAAAAGUCUGAUGAGCUUCCCGUAAUGUGGAUCUUUGUGCAUAACAGAUCCCGUCAGUACAGGGUAAGAUACGUCACACAGCAGUGCCCUACAACAGAGCACCAGGAGCAACGACAAUUCCUCAAUUUCCUACAAGAUUCUCAUUUGUAUAUUGUGGGCUCAGAAGGAACAGAAAUCGCACAGUAUUUCUCUCCCGCUCUGACUCCUCCCUCACUCUGUACAAAGCCACGCCUAUUGCUGCUUGGUGACUUCCGCCCACCGACAAAAUGGUGGUGCUCCCUAAAGUCAAAUCAAACAGUUCAUUGGUCGAUGUUUGUAGUGGGCUGAACCUCAUCUCCAGUCUUUCAGGAGGGACCUAUUGCUGUCACUAGGGGCGGAGCUGGAUCAUGUGACUCACUCUCAAUUUAUAUACAUCCUGGAUACAUCUGAGAUGUGAGGGACUCACUGACUGACAGGCUGGGAAUUGUCCCCUGCUGCUCCCUGUAACUCCCUUCUACUGUGUCCCUGACAUUCCCAUCCCCUGUACUCACAUCUCCAGCCUCAUCUACUGGGUUCUCCAGAGAUGGAAACAAGGAGGUUAGAGGGGAAAUGGGAGAAUGAAGAGCCGGACACUGAGGAUCCUCUGGCACAAUAAAGAGGGAAAUGGAUCCCGUUCCUGGGGCCGCUUCCUCGUUGACUGAAUCAGAAAUAUUACAGAUAAAGAUAAAGGAGGAAGAACUGGAAAAUGAAGAUGAUCUGACCCCAAUGGGAAGCUCAGCAGUCGCACUUACAGACAAGGCUUUCCCCGAGGAGGAUCCAGAAAUAUUACAGAUAAAGAUAAAGGAGGAGGAUUCUGAUUGUGACGAUCCUCUGACCCCAAUGGAUGUAGGGUAUCCGCAGUUUCACGCAGGAGAGAAGCAGGGUCGCAGCUUUGUGAUGCACAAGAGGAUCCACACCAGGGAGAAACCCUUUGCAUGUCAUUUAUGCUGGAAGAAGUUCACUUACAAGUACCAGCUUGUGACCCACGUCAGUAAUCACUCCGGGGUAAAACCAUUCAGAUGCGCUGAAUGUGGGAAAUGUUUCUCCAUAAAAAAGAGACUAAUAAGCCACCAGAAAAUUCACACAAGAGAGAAAUCAUUUAAAUGUUUACAAUGUGGGAAAAUGUUUUCUGGGAAACAGAAACUUGAGAAGCACCAACGACUUCACACAGGGGAGAAACCCUUCACCUGUACGGAAUGUGGGAAAGGUUUUUAUGUAAAAGAGGAACUUCAGAAGCACAAGAGGUUUCACUCCGGGGUGAAACCAUUUACAUGCAUGGAAUGUGGGAAAGGCUUCAGUUUGAGGACUGGUCUUGCUAAACAUCUGAGCACUCACGCUGGGGAAACACCUUUAAUCUGUACAGAAUGCGGCCAACAGUUUCCUUUAAGAAGUGAAUUUCAGAACCACCUGAGACUUCACAGAGGAGAGAUACCGUUCCUGUGCACCGAAUGCGGGAAAAGUUUCUGCCAGAAGAGCAGUCUCGAUGCCCACCUGAGAAUUCACACAGGGGAGAAACCUUUUAUGUGCACUGAGUGCGGGAGAAGGUUUAAUUUAAAGAAUGGCCUCAGGAAGCACCAGAAAAUUCACACAGGGGAGAAACCCUUUAAGUGCACAGAAUGCGGCAAGAGGUUUUACAUGAAGACUGAUCUUCAGAAACAUCACCGGACUCACACGGGAGAGAAACCAUUCACAUGCACAGAGUGCGGGAAGAGCUUCUCCCACCACAGCAGCCUCUACAAUCACCAGAGGGUCCACACCGGGAAGAAACCAUUCACGUGCGCACAGUGCGGACGAGGUUUCAGCAGCAGAGGCAGAUUUUAUAAACACCAGAGAGUUCACAGCGGGGAGAAAACCUUUACCUGCGCGGAAUGUGGGGAAAGUUACUUUGACAGCGCCAGCCUUCACCGGCACGAGAACGUCCACACCAGGGGGAAACCAUUGACAUGUUCAGAAUGUGGGAAGUGUUUCCCUGAAAGGCACAAACUCACCAGACAUCAGAAAAUUCACAAAGGUGUGAAAGCUUUAUGUGUGCGGAACAAAGGGAACGUUCCGCCCCUUCCAUGAUACGGGCGGUAGAACUGGUAUCCUGCAUGCGUCGGACUGGGGGGGGUUGUGGCCCACUGGGGCUGCCAGAUCAGGAGCCUGUGAUCCCCCACCCAACCUUCACUCCCUACAUGGGGCCCCGUGUCCCCCUUCACCUCACCAGCAGCGGUACCUUCUCUGUUGUGAUUGGGUAGUCCCGCCGGCCCAGUCCGACUCUGGAUUAUGAAAGUGAUUAAAGGGGAGAUAACCUUUUCCAAAAGGAAUUAGGUUUCAGACCCCCCCCGUUGACUAACAUAAAAUAACUGCCGGCACAGUCAGCUGGACAGAAUGUGUGACACUCUUAUUUCUGCUUCACUGGGACAAAUAUGCUGAUUUUUCAUUUUGACCCCCAUCUUGCGGUUGUAGCCAGUGCUGUUUUACCUUGGGGGAAUUCAUUUCAUAAUCACAGUGUGCUGUUCUCACCUAAAUGGUUUCAUUUUAUGCUUAACAUUCAUUUAAUGUCAUUUCAAAUAUUAUAUUACUGAUGGAUAUUAUUGGGGAUCUUCCCGGAUCAAUCAUUUGUGGAUUUGAACCAAUAAUGAAUAUUUUACCAAAGGAUUUCGCUGAACACCGAUCCUGAACCCCACAAAAAAGUGAUAAACUGGGGAGGGGAAUAAAGUACUGUAACCUAUCUUCGUAGUAACAUAGUAAAUUAGGUUGAAAAAUUACAUGUCCGUCAAGUUCAACAUUAAGUCUAUAUAUAACCUGCCUAACUGUCAGUU